CGAAAAUGCUAAACCGUACGAUCGUAUUAGUUAAUGUACAACAUUCAAGAUUGGAAUCGUGCAGAAAAUUUCCAUUCAAUUUUUAUUACAACGUAGACGAAAUCAUGAAAAUGUUUCCAAACGUUAAAUUUAUCACGCAGCAAGAUUUCCUUAAUUGGACGAGAGAACGUGACAAUAGACCGACGGCAACUCAUAGAUACAUCAAGACGGAUAGAAAUCUAAGAUCGAAUCUUUUAGAAUUAAGAAGAGAAUGCCUGAAUCAAUUUGAUUUCAAAUUUAAUCAUAACGAUGAUUUGAUGAUUAAUAAAACAACGAUUAAACUGGGAUCAAAAGGUUCUUGGAAAGAAAUAAAUAAUAAUAAGUUAUUGAUCAAAACUUUAACGAGAUUAUUAGAUUUAGAUGACGAAGUUUUAUUAAUAAGACAUCAGAUUCCCUCACCUUUAUUUCCAUCAAUGGGCGAAGUUAUAAAUUUACCUUAUGCUAACCAUCUCAUUGAAGCGGCAAACAAUGCUACAAAUCAAUUAGGACCUUUUAUUGCAAUUCAUUGGAGAAUGGAAACCGGUGAACCGGAAAUGAUGCCGAUUUGUGUUAAAAGUUUAAUCAAAUACGUCAACAAACUGCAAGCGGAAAUUGGGAUUUAUAACAUAUACUUUGCGACAGAUUAUCCGUUA